ACCGAAUACUUAAAUACCGCAGUUGCAACACGUGCGAGUUGCGCUCUCUCUCCAAAAAAUAAAUAAAUUUUAAUUUAAAUUGUUUGCUUAAAACACGAUGCUUAAAACUAAAAGGAAACUGGGAAAGUCGGCGCGGAUACCGAACAAAACAUCGAAGAAAGCCGCUCGAGCGGAGUCCCAGGAGGAUUUAACUGCAGAGGAUCACACCCACUUGGAGCAGUCAAGUCCUAGCAGCGACGAUGGCUUCGAUGAGCCGGAACCCAUUCCCGCCAAAAAGAACCCAAACCAGUCCACCACCAAGCCGAAGAUCAAUAAGUUCAAGCAGCGGGACGAGGCCAAGAAUGUAAAGCCACCCACUCUGGAGGAGAUGAAGGAGUUGCGCGACACCCAGAACCUCUUCCACUCCAAUCUCUUCAAGCUGCAAGUCAAGGAAAUGCUGGAGGAGCUGCAGCUAAAGCCCAAGUACACAGAGUUUAUCGACAACUGGCUGGAAUCCUUCAAGACCUUCACCCAACAGCUAAAGGAUGGGUUAAUGGAGCGUACCCACCUGGAAGUGCCUUUGAAUCUGGCCCAAAAGCCAUUAGGCUUCGUUUUCUCCAAACCCACCCGAGAACCCUAUCUGAUUGGAGCCGCCGCCACGGGAACACUGCUGGGUCCCAAGAUCGUGGUGGAUGUGGCUCUGGAGAUGCCGAAGGAAUCCCUGCACAAAGAGGAUUACCUGAACCUUCGCUAUGACCAAAAGCGAGCCCUAUACCUCACCUACGUGACGGAGAGGAUGAAGGAGUCCCCGAGUUACGCCAACGACCAGUUCGCCUUCAACUAUUAUGCGAACAAUCCGCUGAAGCCAGUACUGGAGUUGACCCCAGUGGCUAAGCAGGUGAACAAGCAUCUGCAGGUGCGCCUGUUCAUCACUGCACCGCUGAGCAGCUUUAAGCCGGGUCGUUUUGUGCCUUGGAACAACAAUAUUCGCCCGUCGUUGUUCAAUGACGAGUGGGACGAAGAGGAGCCGCUGCCCUCCACCCAGCACUACAACGCCAACGUGCUGUUCGAUCUGACUUUGGCCGAGAACCAGGCACAUCUGGAGAAGGCCUUUAAGGGCAGGCGCAACUUCCAGGACGGUCUACUGCUCCUCAAAGUGUGGCUACGUCAACGGGAAUUGGGCAUAGGCUACAGCGGUUUUGGCACCCACAUCCUAGCCGCCUACAUUGUCUAUCUGAACGCGCAGCGCAUCCUACACCAGUCGAGCAGUAGCUAUCAGGUGGCACGAACCGUGUGGAACCAACUGGCCAACACUGAUUGGACCAAAGGCGUUAGCCUGGCUGCCGCUUCGAGCCAAACGGAAGAACUGGGAAAGUUGGCUGCGCACUAUGAUGUCUGCUUCAUGGACAUCACUGGCCAGCUUAACCUGUGCGCGAAUGUUCCACUCUCCGUUUACCAGAGGGUUCGAGAGGAGGCCAAACUAGCCGUUGACCUGCUCAAUGACAUGAAGCUUAACAGUUUUCCGCUCAUCUUCAUGCAGAAGUGUCCACUGUACAGCCGGGUGGACAACAUCUUGAAAAUUACCAAUUAUUCGUGUGUUGAUCAGAUGCUAUUGCUGUACUCUCAGCCUCAGUUCAAGUACGAUUAUGCCAAAUACGGUUAUCCACAGUUGCUGCAGUUGCUCACAGACCUACUUAAAAAGGGACUUGCUGAGCGUGUACAGUCCAUUAUUCCCCUGGAAAAGGCCACAGAAGCCUGGCCCGUGGAAAACAAGGCUCCUGUCAUUGGAAAGCACAUUCAACUGGGGCUAAUACUGCAGCCAGAACACGCCUACGAGGUGUUAAAUAAAGGACCAGCCGCCAACGAGGAUCCCGCGGGAGCGGCCGAGUUUCGUCGGUUUUGGGGAGAAAAGUCAAAUCUUCGCCGCUUCCAGGAUGGCAGCAUCACCGAGGCUGUGGUCUGGGGCACCGCCCAGGAUGCGCCCGCCAAGAAGCGACUAAUUGUUCGCCAGAUUGUGCUUCACUUGCUGGAGCAUCACCUGCAAGUGGAGAGCAAAGAUGUGCAAUACAUUGCCGCUGAGCUGGAAGAGGUCUACCGCCUGUCUCCCUGGUUCAAGGUCAACAAGCUGAAGACCAAGCUGCCACUGGAUCAGGACACCGAUGCAGAGGCCCUCAGUCCGCACGUCAUCCGCUGCUACGAUGAACUGGCACGCCAACUGCACGGCCUAAACGAUCUGCCACUGGAGAUCGUCUCCAUAUCGGGCACAUCACCCGUCUUCCGCUACUGCGAGCCCCAGCCAGUGCUGCCCCAGGCGCGUGUGGCAGGCAGCCACAUCCUGACCAGCCAUGUGCAGCGGGUGGUCAUCCAGCUGGGCCAGAGUGGCAAGUGGCCUAACGAACUGACUGCACUGCGCGCGCUUAAGACGGCUUUCCUCAUCGAGAUUGGCCAGAAGCUGGAGGCGCAGUGCCACCUUCAAUGGAUGCUCUCCGCAGAGGGUCUGCUGGUGCUAAAGCAGGGCUUCUGCUUCCUCAUCGAGCUGGCCCACAGCAAGGAGCUGGCGUUGCUCAAGCAAGAGGUCACUGAACGUGGCAUUACCACGUACGUGGAUAAUCCAGCAAGUCGUGCCCUCGAGCGUCAGCACUACAUACUGCCCAAAGUGAGCGGCGCUCUGCAUUCGCUUCAUCAGACGCACUCCGCCUUCGGUCCCACUGUGCUUCUGGCCAAGCGUUGGCUUGCCACCCAGCUGCUGGACGAUGGUCUGUGGCCUGAAACGGCCACAGAACUGCUGGUGGCGCAUCUUUUCCAGCAGCGGCAGGCGCCACAGGCCAUUGCGGCGCCCCAAACCGGCUUCAUUCGCUUCCUGCAACUGCUCGCCCACAGCGACUUCAAUGGCGAGCUCUUUCUGCUCAACUUUAACAACAGCUGGCAGGAACAACAAAUUGCGGACCUGGAGCACAGCUACCGCAGCGACCGCCAGAGUUAUCCCGCCCUGGCUGUGGCCACUUCCUACGAUAUGCAGCAUGCCGGACGCCUGUGGACCUCGGAGCAAUCACCCAGCCCACGGGUACUGGGACAUGUGACGCGAUUGGCCCGUCAUGGCCUCGAAAUUAUCGAGACCAGUCUGAUGUCGAAGGAUCUGAGGUUCGUGCGGCCAGCCCAGUUGUUCCGUGCCUCCAACGAGGGAUACGAUUUGGUUAUACAACUCAAGCCGGAUCUGGUGCCCAAUUCCCUGAGCUUCGAUCUGGGAUCCCCGUUCGUGUCCUUCAGCCAGCCCAACUUCCUUUUGCCGCCGGCAGGAGCAGAUCGUCUAGCAAGGAUUGUGAGACAACUGAGGUCUGCCUACUCGGAGUUCGCUGCUUUCUUCUACAAUCCCCACGGCGGCAAGGAACUGGCUAUUGUGUGGCGGCCACCCACUGAAUUCGCACCAAAGCCCUUCAAGGUCACCGAGCUGCAGGCCUGCACUCCCUGCGAAAACGGCAAAGUUCAAGUGCUCAAGGAAACGCUAAUCGAGGACUUCAAACUGCUGCUUAAAGACUUCUACCUACGCAUUGCCACUCCGGAGGAGCUCAAGCGGGAGCAGCGCGAGCAUCAGCAGCCCAAGCGGUACUUUAAUGCCAAGCAGACGCAGGAGGAGCCCAAGCCGAAGCCCCAGUCCAAGCCAAAGGCAAAACCCAAGAAGCAGAAGCUUCCAAAGGACACUGAGCAGGAGGCGCCGCCCAAAAAGAGAAAACGCCUCAUCAAAAGUUCGGCACUGAAGGCCUUGAAUUAGUUUUAGCCAUAGCCUUAUGGUAAAAGUGUAAGUAAACUAGUUAUUAAAUAUAGAAAUUUUUAAAAAAGAA